CUCCUUCUGAUAGAACGCGCGCACGCGCACGCGCGACUUGAUUUGGUCCGGCUGGCACGGCGGCGCAGAUGAUGUGAGACGUGACAGCAGCUCCGCCGAGAAAGACGCUCCCGAAUUGCACACGGCCGGCUCGGCUUCCACUUGCACAGUGGCCAUUUCUUGUCGUUUUGUGCCUCUUUCUUUCUUUUCUCCUUCUUUUUCGAACGUCUCAGUUCGUCGGAGGCGUGCCUCGCCCGUUCUUCCGGUCCAUUGUCAAGCUGCUGGGGGCCUCAACGUGGGGCAGGCUUUUUAUGAAUGGGAUGCCAAGGAUCCGGCGCUGACUGACGAUUGUUCACCCGGGCGCUAAAGUGCCGCCAUGCCCAUCCUGAAGCAGCUGGUGUCCGGCCCCGCUCAGAAGAACCGUCGCUCCCGUAGCGACCUGACCCGGGAGAUGAUCAGCGCGCCGCUGGGCGACUUCCGCCACACCAUGCACGUGGGCCGCAGCGGCGACGCCUUCGGCGACACCUCCUUCCUCGGCUCGCGCUCGGGGGAGCCCCCCGCCGACCCCGCCUCCUUCCCCGGCUCCCCCCGUCCGGGCUUGCUGUCGCGCGCCUUCCGCAGCAGCAAGCGCUCGCAGUCCACCACCCGAAUGGACCGCCAUCGGGAGCUCCCCUCAGCCGCCUCGGAAGGAUCGCCCGCUUGCGUCAAGAACGCCAUGUCUCUGCCCUUCCUCAACGACGAGGACGCGGGAGGCGACGCGGUGGCCCGGAGCCCGUCCCCCAGCCCCACGAGCCGGCGCUUCCCGGAGUCUCGGGAACCGCGUUUCGGGGAAGCCGGCGAGCUCCCCGAGGGGCGGAGCCCCGCCACCGGCGGCGGAAUGAAGCACGCCGACUCGGUCACGUCCUUCCACGUCGACCUGGGCCCGUCCAUGCUGGGGGACAUCCUGGGCGUGAUGCAGAAGGAGGACGACGACCUCGGCUACGAGGAAGGCAAGAGCAGCGAGGGCCGCGCCUCACCGCCGCUCAGCGCCCACGGAAGCGACGACGACGGCGACGGGAGGAGGACGACGGUGGCCGUAGCCGAGGAGGAGGAGGAAGUGAGCCCGAGGCCCGAAGUGCCCCCCGCCCCCCGGUAUACCCCGGAGGUCCUCCCCAAACACUUGCGGCACCCGGAUAGCUGCUCCGUGUCCAGCUCGGGCGUGUACGCGGCCGACACGGACAGCGCCACCUUCAGCGCUCCGCCGGGAGAGGAGAGCCGCUUCUCGUCCUUCCUGGACGACGACGAAGACGAUGAGAUCCGCGUGUGAGGAAAGCGCCCAAUCUUGCUGACGUCAGCCGGCAGCCCUUGAGAGGCGAGGCGGACUGUGGGAAUUCGCCAGCCGGCGCUUUGUCCGCUCUGGCCCUUUGAACGCGGAACAUUCCGAAGGACGGACCCCCGGCCGGCCCCCUGCCCGUCUCUCGUCGGCGCAGGACCACCGCUCGUCGGAACAUAAACUGCGCGCGAGCCGCCGUGUCUUUGGGCCGCGUUUCCUCAAAGAGACGCCGCGCACUUGACAGCCAAUCGGGACAUGAGGGACGGCGCUCUGGUUUUGCUCGACGUCGGCGAACUUGCUGACUCCUUGGCGUCCUUGCCGUUUUUAUUUUUGUCAAGUGGGUGGUGCUAUGCAAAUUUCGGGGUUCCCAAAUCCUGUCACUAGUCAAUUAUUUUAUCAAUUACGGACAAUCCAUUUGAACUCUGUUGCUGAUCAAAACGGCAGCACAUACCAAAGCAUGUCCCAAGUGAGUCUUGUUGUCAAGGAAACCUCUACUUAAAUAUUAACAACGAUGAGGCGUCCCUCUUGGUUUUGCUUCAUUUCGCCGUAAUUGUCACUUUGGGAAACGUCACAGUGCCCGCAUUUGUAAGGGCAAAACCAGUCCCUAUCCCCCCUCCGGGUACGAUUUGCAACGACACGCUGUGAGUUAUAACUUGAUGUCAUGAUGAUUACGUUUGAGUGUCACGGACGGGCCCAAUUACAUUUGAAUCCGUCUGUAUCUGUUCUUAUGUUCUUUGUUAGUUUUGUGAUCGAAAACAUUUGUCUGCGACUUGUGGAGACGUCGCGGCUUGAGCGUUGCGUCAUAUUUUUCAAAAAGAAGGAUUCCUUGUGCCGCCGCCGCCGCUUGGUGAAACGGUGCCACAGAGGCGUUAUUGUUUCAACCAGCAACGAGAGAAUCGCAAAGUAACUCCCAACACUGGAGUAUAUCAUUCCGGUUGUUUGAUAAGUUGGUGCUCACGGGUGAAAGGGACGCGUUUGUCUUUUGCCUUUCUGUCUUUGUCAUGACUGCAUAUUGUCAGAUUUUUUUGUUGUUUAUGUUGAUUGCUGUAUUAGCCUGAAUAACGUAUAUAUUUUUCAAUAAAAGAAUUUGUGCUCUUUC